GCGGGGGAAGAGAAAAAAAAAUCAGGGGUAUCUUUUCAUGGGAAAGACCCUCGGACUUCUUCCUCUUUCUGCGCGCAAUUCUCUCUCAGCCUCUCCAAACAUGUGUUUCUCGUUAAGGAAAGCCGAGCCAAAGAAAGAAAGGGAAAAAAAGCCAGAAGGAGGAGAGGAAAGGGUCCGGGAGGGGGUGGAAGGAGGGAAGGAGGAGGGACGGAGGAGGAGGAAGAAGAAGAGGAGGCGGAGGAGGGAGAGGCGAAGCGUCAAAGGCGGGCGCGCCAGGCGCAGAGGCGGCGGAGGGCACAGGCGGGCAUGGAGAGGGGCGCCGGGGGGCUUCCUGGGCCUCCCUCCGGGGUCUCUCCUUCGGGCUCCCUUUGGGGGCUCCUCGCCCUCUCCUCCCUCCUGAUGCUGCUGCUCCUGAGCCAGGGGGGCUCCGCCGAGGGGCAGCCAGGGUUGUCUUCGCAGGGAGAGUUUGUGACUCCUCGUUGGAUUUCAGGAGGGCGAAACAGGCGAGAUGCCAGCACGCCAGAAGACAUGCCAUUCCCUGCACGCGGAGAGGUGGAGGUGACCGUCGAGGGCAAAGAACUUAUUAUGGUGCUAGAAAAAAAUGAAAGGCUGCUGUCCCCAGACUACACAGAGACGCAUUAUACACAAGAAGGGCAGAGGGUGACCAUAUCUCCCAACCACACCGAACACUGCUACUACCACGGCCACGUCCGAGGAUACAAAGGCUCCUGGGUGGUGCUCAGUACUUGCUCUGGAAUCAGUGGGCUGAUUAUACUGGACCAUAAUAACAGCUAUUACCUGAAGCCUCCGGCCAGUCCAUCCUCUGGCCAUCAGGUCAUCUACCGGACAGAGCAUUUGCCGGCCAUGGGGGGACUUUGUGGGCACGGUGACCAUCUGCAAAGCAAUGUAACGGAUAUUGCCAGGUUCUUCAAACCAGCUCCGCAUCAGCGGAAAAGGAGGGACGUCUGGAGGACCUUGAAGUACAUGGAGCUCUUCAUUGUCGCGGAUUAUUCCUUGUUUACAGCUCAGAAGCAAAACUUGGGUCGCACAAAGCAACGCAUACUGGAGAUCGCCAAUUAUGUAGACAAGUUUUACAGGUCCCUGAACAUCAAAGUGGCGCUGAUCGGCCUGGAGGUGUGGACGGAGCGGGACCACAGCACGGUGAGCAACGAUGCCCACGCCACCCUCCUCUCCUUCCUGCAGUGGAAGAAGUCCCUGAAGUCCCGGAAGAAGCACGACAACGCUCAGCUCCUCACAGGUGUGCCAUUUAAAGGGACGACGAUUGGGAUGGCGCCGCUGGAGGGCAUGUGCAGCGGGGAAAACUCCGGUGGCGUCAGCAUGGACCAUUCGGAGCUGCCCAUUGGUGCUGCUGCCACCAUGGCCCACGAAAUCGGCCACAACUUUGGCAUGAGCCACGACAUUGAAGGCUGCUGCGUGGAAGCCACGGCGUCCCAAGGAGGUUGCGUCAUGGCCGCUGCAACAGGCUACCCCUUCCCCAAAGUGUUCAGUUCGUGCAGCCGGGGGCAACUGGAGAGCUACUUCCAGAAGGGAGGCGGGAUGUGCCUCUUCAACCUGCCGGACACCAAGGACCUGGUGGUGGGAAAGAAGUGCGGAAACGGAUUCCUGGAGGACGGCGAGGAGUGCGACUGCGGAGAGGUGGAGGAGUGCACCAAUCCUUGCUGCCACCCACACAAUUGCACCCUGAAAGCUGGAGCAGAGUGUGCCCACGGGGACUGUUGCAAGAGCUGCAAGUUAAAGACAGCUGGGACCAUGUGCCGAGAUCCAGCCGGAUCCUGUGACCUCCCGGAGUACUGCACUGGGGCAUCCCCGUAUUGCCCCACCAAUGUCUAUCUCUUGGAUGGCUCAUCCUGCUCUUAUGGGGAGGCAUAUUGCAACAACGGCAUGUGCAUGACCCACCACCAGCAAUGCGUCCAGCUGUGGGGCUCAGGUGCUUCUCCGGCUCCAGAUGCAUGUUUCCAGGAUGUCAACAGGGCUGGCGAUAUGUAUGGCAACUGUGGCAAGGACAAACAUGGCCAGUAUGUCAAGUGUGCCUUGAAAGACGCCAAGUGCGGGAAGAUCCAGUGCCAAAGUUCAGCGGCCAAACCCAAAGGCACCAACACCAUUUCCAUGGACACCACCAUCCGCUUCAACGGGCGGGAGAUCAAGUGCCGGGGGACCUUGGUUUACGCCACCAACGAUGACGAGGGAGACAUGUCUGACCCGGGUUUGGUGAUGACAGGGACCAAGUGUGGAGACGGGAUGGUAUGCAAAGACCAGCAAUGUUUGAACGCCUCAUUUUUUGAACUGGACAAAUGUAUCUCCAAAUGCCAUGGUCAUGGGGUUUGCAACAGCAACCGGAAUUGCCAUUGCGAUGCUGGAUGGGCCCCUCCAUUGUGCGAGAAGCCGGGGCUGGGAGGCAGCGUGGACAGUGGCCCUGUGCAAUACGACAAUCACGAAACUGUCCUGGUCACACUCGUGGUGGUUUUCUUAUUGGCCACACUUCUUAUAGCUGCUGGACUCUAUGUUUACUACAGAAGGGAGAGCUCCUUCCUCAACAAGUGGGUCAAAGGCUUAAGGAAGGGCCAGGAGACGUACAGGAGGAAUGGAGUGACACCUCAGAAGGCAAACCAGGGACACGCUAACUCUGCCUUCGUGCUGCAGGACAUUUCCUCUCCCUCUAGUAAAGUUGUUGGCAGAAACUCUAGCCAGGUGAGCCGGGGCGCUCCUCCCUUGAGAGCAAACCUGCUCCAAAACGCCUCCCAUCCGGUCAACGUGGUUCGUCCUCUCCGUCCGGUUCCAAGUCCAGUGGCUGUUCCCCAAAAGGACUUCAAGCCUUGCCGUCCCCCGCCGCUGCCUCUCAACAAGUCCCCUGCCUUUCCUGCCACUGCGACCACAUUUGGAGCCCAAACCAAGCAGCCCCCGCCAAAGAAGCCUCUUCCCAACAGCCCUGUCCGGACCACUUUGGUUGAUCCAAAGCUCCGACCACCCCGCCGGCCGCUUCCGGGGAACCCACUUUUGGCCAAAGAGCUGCCAUCUUCUCAGGGCCAAACCUUGCUGGUCAUGGUGCCCCCCAGCCACCCCAAAACAUCGAAUGUCACCAAUUCGUCGACCCACCUCUCAAGACCCCUCAAGCCAAUGCCACCUCACAGACCCGUCCCAGCCUUGAAAGUCCAGACGUCUUCCUUCCCCUUUAAGAAAUGACAGUGGUGGACGCGAGGAUCCCGGCUGACCUCCUCUUGGCUCCUUCCUCCGCAUUUGCACUACUGCGGCCGACGCAGGAAACUUUUUUGCUACCAAAGACAGUUAUUAAUUAAUAUUAUUACUAUUUUUGUAAAGGGAUUGUUUCUGCCAAUAACGAAGAAGAGGGCUCAAGGGUCACAACCGGAACAGUUGGUGCUUCUCUGCCAUCAAAGGGCUGCAGGAAAGAGGGGCACAGAAAACGGGUCUUUUGGUGCCAUUUUAUGGGAGAGCGGCUGUUUUGCAGAUUGUUCCCCAUGGCUUUGACCCACAAGGUCUGUGUCCUCUUUUCUCUCUUCCUAUCUAUGGCAGCAGUUAGCAAGAAGGUAGAGGUUGCCAACCCUCGAAGCCUCCCGAAAUUGGAAGACCUCAAUCAGCUACCUCCAUGUUUUUGCACAAGCUUCAGGGGUAACUUCUCCUUCUCUCAUGACGUCCCAUCAAAUUGGAUAGGUUUUCAAACUGUAUGGGUUCCAAACUGUAUGGGGCACUGGAUGGAAUGGCCUUCCCUGACCUGGCAUUGGACUACAAUUCCAAUCCCUGCCACCAUGAUUGGGGAAGAUGGGAAUUGUAGUCCAAAUCAUCCAGAUGGACCUAGAGUGGGAACUUCUGGUCUACUGUAUGUGAAGGGUAAGGUUAAAAAUGGAUGGGAUAUCCUAAGGAGUCACCGGUUUCAUGCUUUAUGGGAAAAGUAGAAAAUAACUAGCCAUGGAAGGGGCAAAUAUUGGUCCAUUGGCAAGAAGAGGCUGAUUCUUCCCUCUGCUGUGAAAACCCACCCGAGAUUGCUUCUGCAGGAAGUAGAGUCAUUAAAAAUACCACUGAGCCAUGGCAGCUAGGUCAAACAACAUUCGUUCUAUAGUGUAGGCACACUCUUAGUGACCACAGAAGGAGCAAGGAGAACACCUUGAAGCAGGGGUCCUCAAACUAAGGCCCGUGGGCCGGAGGCGGCCCUCCAAGGUCCUUGACCUGGCCCCUGUCCUAAACUUUAGACUUAGGGUUGACCUAAGUCUACCUGGUCUUUGGAGGUCUCUUUGCUUAGCUACGGCCUUAUGAGACCAUCUAGAUGGCUUUUGGAGGUCACUUUCCGUACCUAUGGUCCUAUGAGAUCAUCUAGAUGGACUUUGAGGGUCCUUUUCCUUACCGAUGGUCUUAUGAGACCAUCUAAAUGGUCUUUGGAGUUCACUUUGUUUACCUAUGUUCUUAAGUUAGAGUUGACCUAAGUCUGAAAUGACUUGAAGGCACAGAAAAACAAUCCUAAUUUUUCACUAUUUCAUCAUAGUCUGCCCCCCCAACAGUCUGAGGGACUGUGAAUCGGCCCUUCACUUAAAAAGUUUGAGGACCCCUGCCUUGAAGGAUACUAUGGAGGGUUAGAAGGAUAGAGGUGCCACUUUUUGAAUCUGCUCGGACAAAGAGUCCCAUCAAUUUUAGCUGAGUAGAGCAUGCAAAAAUGCCUUGUGGUUUUUUUCAAGGAUAAGUCUCAGAAUAGAAGUCAUCUCUAAUCCUAGACAUCAUCAUCUAAGAAAAGGGAUUUUUCCAAACUCUCACCAAUAACUCUACAGUCCUGAUCAUCUACCCAAAACUUUAGUGGUGGUCAAAGUAUCUCAGAGCUUUCUGGUGUCCAAUGGACCUCCAUUCCCACCCCAAGCGAGCAUUGGGAUUGCCAUGCACCUCCAAAGCAAACUUGCUGCCCACCAAAGCCAAUUAUUCAAAAUGGUAGAAAGAUGAUGGUGUCAUCUCCUUAAGCUGCAACUUGGAGGAAAUCACAGUUGCAAACUAUGAACAUGGCCACACAGCCCGAAAGACAUACAACAACCCUAUCUUCAGAGGAAUUGCUUCAUGUUCUCCCUUUGCCACCUUCACAGGAAGAUGUUAGGGGCUCAGGACGGACAUUGGCAUCUAUCUCCUUGGUACCUAGUUUUUGUCACGGGGAUUGCCUUUUUGUAUUAAUAAGAGAAACACGGCAUUCGUUCUU